CCAGAGAGUUUCGGCUGGCUGACAGCAGAGGGAGAGAGAGAGAAAGAGAAAUGGCGCCUCGGCUCUAGUAGCUGAGACACAGUCAGAACGAAAGCAGCUGGCAAUAGCUAUAGGACAGGAUCUGUCUAUCAGUGGAGACAGACAGCAAUCAUGGUGAACACCAGAAAGAGCUCGGAGCACAAGCCCAUCGGUCCUUUCAUCUCGGGCAGGACGAGGUCGUCUCAGAGGAACAACCCAAACUUGGACGAGCACAACAGCCGUGUAAGGAAGAGAGAGACACCGGCAGCCUAUUCUCUCCGCCAGCCGAAGGAGCCUAGCAGUGAUGUUAACAGCAGUAGUCCACGUUUGUCCCCACCACCCAAGCGGACACGCAGACAGACGCCACCAAGUUCUACCGAUACUUCUCCAAGUCCCCAGAGUAAAGGCCAGAGAGGCUCAUGGACCAUGUCCAAACACUGUACUAGGUUGUCCACUGGUGCCUUGCAGAAUGGACACAGUCGAAUGAGUCUGAGGGGUGAUUCGACAUCAGAUGGGGCCCACGGUCGCAUGAAUGGUCAUGUUGAGCUCAAGAGAAGCCGUCGAGUCAGGAAGUCCCAGUUCGAACACCUCAAUCAGAGUUUACUUUUUGACCAACUUGUCAACAGUACGGCAGAAGCAGUUCUUCAAGAGAUGGACAACAUCAGCAGCAUACGGCAGAAUCGGGAAGUGGAGCGCCUCCGCAUGUGGACGGACACCGAACUGGAAAACAUGGACAUGUACUCCCGUGUGAAGAGGAGGAAAUCUUUGCGUAGGAACACGUAUGGAAUGCAGGCGCAUCACAAAGUCAAAUCAAAAGACCCCGAAGAGGAGGAAGGAACGGAAGAGUCGAAUGAGGAGGGAGAGGAGGAUGAGGAUGUGGAGGCUGAUGAUGAUGAAGACGAUGAAGGAGAUGAGGCAGAAGAGGCUGGAGAGGAGAAUGACAGACCGUAUAACCUCAGGCAGCGUAAAACUGUGCAGCGAUAUGAAGCACCUCCAAUAGAGCCAGUGAACAGGAAGCAAAGCAAGGGCUCUCUGUUUGACACGCAUAGAUCUCCUGCAAGAAGAAGCCAUAUUAGAAUAAAGAAACAUGCCAUUCACAGUAGUGAAUCAACAUCAUCGUCUGAUGAAGAGCGCUUUGAGAGGCGGAAAGGCAAAAGCAUGAGCCGUGCUCGUAACAGGUGUCUACCCAUGAACCUGCGGGCAGAGGAUCUGGCCAGCGGUGUGCUUCGAGACCGAGUAAAAGUGGGUGCCAGUUUGGCAGAUGUGGAUCCCAUGAAUCUAGACACCUCUGUGAAGUUUGACCGUGUAGGGGGUCUCACCCAUCACAUCCAGUCUUUAAAGGAGAUGGUUGUCUUUCCUCUACUAUAUCCAGAAGUGUUUGAGAGGUUUAAGAUCCAGCCCCCAAGAGGAUGUCUGUUCUAUGGGCCUCCAGGAACUGGGAAGACGCUGGUGGCACGGGCUUUGGCCAAUGAAUGCAGUCAGGGUGACAGGAAAGUGUCUUUUUUCAUGCGCAAGGGAGCUGACUGCCUCAGCAAAUGGGUGGGAGAGUCUGAACGCCAGCUCCGCCUACUUUUUGACCAGGCAUACCUCAUGAGACCCUCCAUCAUCUUUUUCGAUGAGAUUGAUGGCCUCGCUCCUGUUCGCUCCAGCAGGCAGGAUCAGAUUCACAGCUCCAUAGUGUCUACAUUACUGGCAUUGAUGGAUGGUUUGGACAGCCGGGGGGAGAUAGUGGUCAUCGGUGCUACAAACAGACUCGACUCUAUCGACCCCGCACUCAGGAGACCCGGACGCUUUGACCGGGAGUUUCUGUUCAACCUGCCAGAUAAAAAGGCUCGAAAGCACAUUCUGGAAAUCCACACCAGGGACUGGAGCCCAAAGCUUGCUGAACCCUUCAUUGAUGAGCUAGCUGAGAAAUGUGUCGGUUACUGUGGGGCCGACAUCAAAGCACUUUGCACAGAGGCUGCGCUAGCGGCUCUGCGGCGGCACUAUCCUCAGAUCUACGGCAGCAGCCAGCGUUAUCAGCUGGAUGUGGGCUCCAUCGUUUUGGGGCCGCAGGACUUUGGUCGUGCUCUGCGCUCCAUAGUACCUGCGGGUCAGAGGGCUCUGGCUCCACCCGGUCAGGCCCUUUCCUGUGUGUUAAAGCCUCUGCUGGAGCCCACGCUGGCCCAAACGCUGGCCUGCCUGAUGCGAGUCUUCCCCCACGCAGAGCUCCUGCACAGGGAACACACACACGACACUGACAAUCAUCUGUUGGUAGAAGACUUGAACAGCGAGGAUGAGGAAUAUCUUGGUGCUCCUUCCAUUUAUGAAACUCAGUCAGGAUCAUCGAAUAAAGCAACUUCCUGCACGACCCAUAAACCCUUUCUCCACUUUACCACUUCUGCCUACCAGCAGCCCACCUCUUACCGGCCACGGCUGCUGCUGACGGGACCCCAGGGUGCGGGGCAGAGCACACACCUGGCCCCUGCUGUGCUGCACCACCUGGAGAAGUUUACUGUGCACCGCCUCGACCUACCCACGCUAUACUCCGUCAGUGCCAAAACCCCAGAGGAGUCCUGCGCUCAGGUGUUUCGUGAGGCUCGGCGCUGUGUGCCCAGCAUCAUCUAUAUGCCUCACAUCAGUGACUGGUGGGAAGCCAUCAGUGAGACGGUCAAGAGCAGCUUCCUCACACUCCUGCAGGAUGUACCUUCAUUCACACCGCUCCUCAUCCUCGCCACAGCAGAAACCAUCUACCAGCAGCUUCCUGACGAGCUAAAAUGCAUCUUCAGCCAUUCGUAUGGGGAGGUGGUUUGUUUAAGCAUGCCGGGAGAAGAAGAACGUAGGAAAUUUUUUUCAGACCUAAUUUUGGUGCAGGCAGCCAAGGCGCCACCCUGCAAAAGGAGAACAGUGUGCGCUCUGGAGGUGCUGACCCUCGCUGAAGACCCCCACCCUCGGCAGCUCUCGGCAGAGGAGCAGCGGAGACUGGAGGAGCAGGAGGAGAACACCUUGCGCGAGCUCCGCCUCUUUCUCAGGGACGUCACGAAACGGCUCGCCACUGACAAACGCUUCCAGAUCUUCAGCAAACCCGUGGACAUUGAGGAGGUUUCAGACUACCUCGAGGUUAUCAAACAGCCUAUGGACCUGUCCACCAUUAUGAUGAAGAUCGACACUCACAAAUACUUGGCCGCCAAGGAUUUCCUAGUGGACAUUGACCUCAUUUGCAGCAAUGCGUUAGAGUACAAUCCAGACAAGGACCCGGGAGAUAAAAUCAUCCGCCACAGGGCCUGCAGUAUGAAGGAUACUGCACACGCCAUGAUCGCCUCUGAACUGGACCCUGAGUUUGACCGCAUGUGCGAGGAGAUCAAGGAGUCCCGCAGGAAGAGAGCCUCUCAGACCACACCGCAGCUGCCCGUCCCACCAAGCGCCGCGGCUACCAGGAAGCCCGUGGGAGAGGAAGUGGGAUUAAGCAGUUCUCAGGGUGACAUGGUGGACAAGCACUGCAGCAAUAACAUAAAGCGCAAGUUGCGCCGGCGCCCGAUUUGGGGGAGGGGCAUCAUCAGGAAGAAAAAGAGCUAUAAAAAGGAGGAAGCAGAGGAAGAUGAUGACCUGGAAGAAGAGGAAGGAGCGGACGACUCUGCUGCAAUGGUGCAAGGUGAUGCUUGUCUCACCCAGGAUGAGUCGUCCUGUGAUGCUGUGGAGCUCCAUCCUGACAAGCAACCACUCCAGGCCAACGGACACAUCCUCUCCACGGAGGAGGAGAACUCCUCUGAGCCGAUGGCCACUCAGGACCCUCAGGGAGAGAAAGAGCCCAUCAAGGCCCCCUCGGAGGAGGCUUCCAGCUGUAAGGAGGCCAAAACGGUCCCCGCUCCUCAAGAGUGUGUGAAUGGAAAUGAAUCUAUGGACAGUGUGUACAGUGAGGCUCUUGAUGAAGAAACCGAGGUAGACUCUAUUAAAAAAGAUGCACUUGAGGUGGAGCACAAGGAGCCUUCUGCCCCAGAAUGCAAUGCAAAAGAGAAUACAACAGAAGCGGAGGGGAUGGCGUCUGAUGGCGACCAUGAAACAGAAGGUUCAUCAAAAAGGCAGCAAAAGCCAAACGAGUCGGCCGUCGGACUCGAGGAGACUGUGGAACUUCCACCACCUCCGGCUCUCGUGGUUGACCACCAGCGGCUCAAGGCUCUGUUGGAGAAGGUGGUUGUGAAUAGCGACGGCUUUAGUGUGGAUCAUCUGGAGAGGCUUUACUCAGUGCUCAGCCAGUGUAUUUACCAGCACCGCAGAGACUACGACAAGACCUGUCUGAUAGAGGCGAUGGAGAAGUUGAACAUUUCGAAACAUUCCUGUGAUGAAUAGAGGGCUUUCAGAGAGAAACGUGAUCGGAGAUUUUGAUACAACAGGGAGAGGCCGGCAUUCUGAGCCAAGUCCUUAACGCAGAGUAGGUCUGGACAUCUCGGUCUCAAAUAACAGCAGGAAGGUGCAGACAUUAGAAACAAAGACUUACAGAGGCGACCUUGGUGCUAUCAUCUCAGGUACCUGAAACAGAACCAGUCUACAGAACCAAACACAAAAACUCCUGGAGGUCUCCUUUUUAAUUGUAUUCUUUUUUUGUACUUGCUUUCAUGCCAAUUGAUUGUUCUUGGUGCUAUUGGGUGCUAUUGGUUUUUUUUUUUGUUUUUUUUUUUGUCGUCUGCUGCUCCUUGUUCUCAUUAGCAAACAAAACACAAACAAACAGUACAUUAUAAAAGAUUGUGAUAUCACAAAGCAACCUCAGCCUCCAUCUACUGGAAGCAAACACAUAAACACAGAUACUCACCAGCAGUGGCAAACUGUAUACGUAUGGUGUGAUGACAGCUGGUCGUUUACUGUGGAAAUAAACUACAUCCCCCACCCUUCAACCCAUUGAUGUCAUCAACAAUUUUUAGCCACAUAGAUAUACUCUUGCUGAAAAGAAAAAAAAAACCUUUGUAGGGAUGUCUAGUUGUUUUCUACUGGAUGUUAAUUGUAAGAUUUCCAAGGAUUCUGUAUUGUAAACCAACUUUUCCUUGUGAAAAAUGAGACUUAUUCUUAUUCAGACUUUACUUAUUUGUAGAAAGCAACAAAAAUAAUCUGAAAGAUUUUGAUUAAAAUAUAUCUUUAGUAGAGGAAUGGUAUUAUUAUAAACCCAUUGCAUAACUCCAACCCCCCCCCCCCCGAAAUAGUUAAUGGGCUUUUUUCUGGUUUAACUGGAUUUAUAAGCAGAUAUCUGGAGAUUGCACUGCCUAGCCAUGUGCCUUAAACUUUGAAAAAAAAAAAAAAAAAAAAAACAUAGCUGAAUAUUGACUAUCAAUGUUUAUGGACAUGCCACAGGGAUACAAACCAAUAAAAAUGUGGCGUAUGCUGUAGGUAAUUGUUUGCCAAUCUCCAUGGUUUGUGAGUCACGUUGCUCCAACGCUAUCUCAUGACCAAUUCGUACGUAUUUUACGAGGUGAUUUUGUACGUUUUAUCUAGACCCCAGUGACGGGUAGGUUUAGGGGCGGGGUUAGGUGUAGGUCAUUCGUACAAAUUUAUACGAAUUGUGCAUCUCGUAAAAUACAUACAAAUUGCUGUGAGAUCAGGCUGGUUGCUCUGUCAUACAUUGUGGCUUUCAUUUGCCAUCCAUUUGUAUCGUAACAUCACAUAUUGGAGUAAUAAUAACAGUGAUCUUUUGGUAUGCAAGGAUUGAAGUUAAAAUGGCAGUCUAGGCAGUGCUGAAUUUUUUAACAUAAAGCAUUACUGCAUUUAAAAAAAAAAAAAUCUGUGUGACCUUUCCAUUGUUUUGUGCUGUCUAAUAUAAUCUGUCGCAUUUAUAACUUCAUUUCCAUCUAUUUUGAUUUCAAACUUUCCUAAUUCUCAGCUUUCAUCGUUUUAUGAAGAACGUUGAUCCAAGUUCAAGAGUCCUCGUGACCUUGUCUAGGAUUCGGUGCUGUAAAAAAAACAGGGGAAAAAAGGAAAAUGACACUUAAGACAUAUGCAAAAGAAAGGGAAAAAAAUCGGAGUUAGCUGUUAGCUUUGGGCUACUGCAGUGCAUGUGAGAGACAGAACCACAGCUACCUCAGCAAGUUGUUUUCAUGCGAAGAGACAAAAGUAAUGACCUGUUUACUGACAAACAGUAUUUGUUGACCUCUGUAAUAUCACUCCGCCCUUCAGAAAUUCAAGCUAAGGUACUGGAUCACCUCUCCGACAUGAGUGUGUCAUGUGGCUGCUGCAGUAAUCCUCUGAUUUGUUCACAUUUUAGCAUUAUAUUUCAUUUUUUAGGUUGUUCUGCGUUUGAGCCUAGAAAAGAAAUGGCAUUGUAUUAUCGCUGAAAUGUUAUUUACUGUAUAUUUCAUUUUUUCUACAUGUGCAUCCCAUGAUUUACGUUUUAUUGGCCAUGUUUGUGAAAUGCCUGCUUGCUUCAGUUUUUGAAUUCACGGACGCAUUUUCUUUCAUGCUAUUGCCAUUUGAUAUUUAUUAGACUAUAAUAACAUUGUCAUAUGUUCAACAUUUUGUUCAACCAAGACUAAUUGGAAAAGUUGUUACAUGAAAUUUGUGUUGAGACACAAUGUAGCACAUUUUUGUAGCAGGUGUUGCACGACAUUCAGAAACGGGGUUUACUGGUCUCAGGUCUCUGCUACAUAAAUAUUUAUUCCAUGAGGGUGGAGAUAAUGGUGGUUAUGAUGCUUUUAAAUUUUUAAAUAUUGUAGAGGAUGAGGGGGAAAUUCAUGUGGCUAAUUUGCGUUUUCGGGUCCCCACUGUCAACUGUUGUACCAUCAACAUGCUUGACUGGUGUAGUGUUGUAGAAACUACUGUAAUGCUGACCACUUGUGCUUCUCAUAAAUUAAUCUGGGAAAAAAUGAGUUAGUGCCAGUCCACAAGACAAACCCUAUUUUGCAUACUUAGUUGAUAGCAAAAUGUAAUUGGCCUUGAAUCAAACCGUAUAUAAUGUGGUCAGUAAAUAACAAAUUUUCAAAUUUAGAAGCACCACUAAUAUUUUUUUUAGAAAAUUAACUCUUAAUUCCUGCAUUAAAAAUGUUACAAUGUGUAGUUCUGUUUUUGGCUAAAAGUUAAUUUCCUUUAGUUGACCAGAAUCUAAAUCAGAUUAUUUGACUAAGGUUAGAAAGUCCAUAGAACAAUAGCAUUUUGCUUUAGGUAGGUAAUUAAGUACCACCCACUAAAUUCAUUUGUGUUUGGCGUAAUAAGUCCAUGAAUUUCUCAAAUUGGUGCUCAGAGUUGGAGAUUUAGGUUUUGGUAACCAAUGGUUUUAGUUAAUCCCCAUUUGAUCAGUAUAUUUAUGUCCCUUAAUGAUUUAGGGAUUUAGGGUUGAGGGAAUUUUAUUUUUGAGUAAUACCAGAAUUCUGUCCCUUUUAUUUUUACAAAGCAAAAAUUUUGCAAAGCAAAUCAAAACCACACACUGUUCUGUCCUUCCCUGCAGUCCUUUUGUGAAAUGAUAUAUUUACUGUAAUUUCUGAAAUAAACUGCUGUGUUAUACUUGAAUAAAAGGUGCAAAUUGAA